GUUAAAAAAAAAAAUUCGAAAUAUAAUUGUCAUUUCGUUUUAGCGUUCGAAAAAUUUUCCUUCCUGGUCUCUUUCCCGCAUCCAUGGCGCAAGUCAUGAACGCGGCCGCCGAUUCUCUCACCAAAUCCCCUCCGGCCUCCAGUGCCGGAGCCACCAUAACUGCCGGAGACGAUGACCUUCCGCCGCCGGCGCCUCCACCUCAUUCUCACACCUUGUCGCGUAGAAGGGAGAGAGAACCUAGAGGAGACAGGAGAGACGACAACAGGGACUUCGAUCGUCCCCCGAACCGCCGCGAUUACGGCGACCGGAACUCACCCCUGCAGCCGCCGAUGAGGGAUAGGGAAUACAAGCGCCGCCGGAGCCCUAGCUCUCCUCCGUAUCGUGACCGCCGGUAUUCUCCAUCGUAUUUCAAGCGGUCCAGACGUGGUAGUCCUCGCGGUGGUUAUGGACACGAUGAUAGGUUUGGCUACGACCAUAAUAGUGGAUAUGAGCGCGGGUUGGGGGGAAGGCUUAGUUAUGCUGAUGAGAAGUCGCACAGUGGUCGUUUUAUUAACCGUCCACUUGGUGGCUAUCAACAUGGACCUCCAGAAUUAGAAUCAAAUCGUGGGGGUUAUGCUGAUACAUCCAACAAAGGGAGUGCACAAAGAGAAGGCUUGAUGUCUUAUAAGCAAUUCAUUCAGGAGCUUGAAGAUGACAUACUACCUGCAGAAGCCGAGCGUAGGUAUCAGGAGUACAGAUCAGAGUACAUUUCCACUCAGAAGCGUGCUUUCUUCAAUGCUCAUAAGGAUGAGGAAUGGUUGAAAAAUAAAUAUCAUCCGACAAAUUUACUUGCAGUCAUUGAUAGGAGAAAUGAGCAUGCGCGGCAGGUUGCAAAGAAUUUUUUACUUGACCUGCAGAGUGGAACAUUGGACUUGACUCCCAGUGCCACUGCACCAUCCUUAAGCAAGUCAGGGCAGGCUAGUGAGCCAAACUCUGAUGCUGAAGCAGACAUUGGUGGCAAACGAAGGCAGCAUGGUAAAGGUCGAGUCGAAGAAAGUGAUUUUUCAUCUGCGCUAAAGGUUCACCCAGUCAGUUCUGAGCCUAGACGAAUACAAGCCGAUAUUGAACAAGCUCAUGCACUUGUACGCAAACUUGACAUUGAGAAAGGGAUUGAAGACAAUGUUUUGUGUAGCGUUGAUUACAGCAAGAUGGAUAACGAUAAAUCUCGUGGUGGAUCUGUGGGUCCAAUUGUGAUUAUACGUGGUUUAACAUCUGUAAAGGGCCUAGAGGGAAUUGAACUUCUGGACACUCUUCUUACAUAUCUCUGGCGCGUCCAUGGUGUAAAUUACUAUGGCAUGAUUGAAAGUAGUGAACCCAAAGGUUUUAGACAUGUGAGGCCUGAUGGAAAGAAUCAUGGAGAAACCAAGGAAUCUGGGGCUGAGUGGGAAAAGAAAUUUGAUUCAUUUUGGCAAGAGAGGUUGAGGGGUCAGGAUCCUUUGGAAGCUAUGACUGCCAAGGAGAAAAUAGAUGCAGCAGCUGUUGAAGGUUUAGAUCCGUAUGUUAGGAAAAUAAGGGAUGAAAAGUAUGGAUGGAAGUAUGGUUGUGGAGCCAAGGGUUGUACAAAACUUUUCCAUGCUGCUGAAUUUGUGCAUAAACAUUUGAAGCUAAAACACCCAGAACUUGUGAUGGAGCUUACUUCAAAAGUGCGUGAAGAUCUUUAUUUCCAUAACUACAUGAGUGAUCCUGAUGCUCCUGGUGGAACACCUAUCAUGCAGCAGCAACCUCAGAUGGUUUCUUUCAUGAUCUUGCAGAAGGACAAGCCACAGAGGCGUAGGUUAGGUUUGGAAGGUCGGUUGAGAGAUGAUCGUGGCAACCGGAGAGAUCAUGAAUGGAUUGACAGAAUUAAUGAUGGAGACAGGAUGAUUAAUCUCGAGAAUUCUCCCUCCCGUGAUCUUCAGUUGAAAUCUGGUGGCUUAGAUGGAGGGAAUCAUGAUGUAUCUAUGCAUGAUGUAUAUGGUGGGCAAGGUGUGGGUGGUGUUCCCCCUUUUGCAUCAGAUAUGGCCCCUCCUCCAGUAUUGAUGCCUGUACCUGGUGCAGGGCCUUUGGGACCCUUUGUUCCUGCUCCACCUGAAGUUGCAAUGCAGAUGUUAAGGGACCAGGGGGGGCCUUCCCCCUAUGAUGGUGGUGGUAGAAAAAUGCGGUCUGGUCCUAAUAUAGGUGGGCCGACACCAAUUCUUGCUGUCCCUCCAGCUUUUAGGCAAGAUCCUCGAAGAAUGCGAAGUUAUCAAGAUCUAGAUGCCCCAGAAGAUGAAGUCACUGUAAUAGACUAUCGAAGUUUGUAGGUUUCACUGGUUUUGGUAAAUGCAGUGAUCAUACAGGAUUUGGUAACGAAGGAAAAGCUUGAUCUGCAUCUUUAUUUUCAACUUGUCCAAGCUAAGAGAAUGUGGUGUAAAGAUCACGACUUCUGCAUGCGGCUUUUUGUUUGUUUUGUUUGUUUUUUCCUUUUCCAUUAGAGGUGGCUUUAGCUUGUUUAGAACUUUCAAAUUCUGUAUCAGGGGUACUUAAGGCGGUUGACAUGCUGUAUCAUAUUGUAAGAUAGUAGUUCUCCAAAAAACAAUCUAGGACCGUAUGACAAGGGAAAUAAAAAUGAUGUUUCGUUACCCGUUUUAGACA